GUAAAAGGAUCUGUCAGAAGUGAAUAUACGCAUUCAUCGCUGGCUUAAAUGCUGUUUCUUCCAAUAUUUUUACGAACAAUAUCUCAGAGAACAAAAGAAAUAGUUCGUACACAUUAAAUUUUUCGGCAGCAGUUUCAACGGAUAAAAUGGGGAAACAGGACAAGAAAAAAGAGAAAAGAAUCGUCCAUUCCAAUGCCGAGGUCGACGUGGAAAAAUAUUUUUCGCAUCAACUGAGCGAAGAUAAAAGUUUAUCGGCUGGUAUUGCUGCCAUCAAAACCUUGCUUAUGGUCUUAGAAAAAACGAAAUUUGACACUGUGCAAGAAUUGCACUCAAGAAUUCAAUCGGCCGUUAAAACGAUGAGAACGUCAGACCACCCAAUAACAGCCAUCGUUUCAGCUAGCGAACUGUUUUCGCGAUUCAUCACGUUUGCGACAUUUGAUGAUAAAACAGCGGAUGAGUGUAAAAAGCUCAUGUUGCACCGUGGACAAGUUUUCUUGAAGAAAUUGCUCGAAGCGCGGAACAUUAUAGCAAAGCAAUGUGCUCAGUUUGUUACGGAUGGUUGUCGAGUGCUAACGCAUGCCCGAUCGCGGGCCGUUCUCGAGACAUUGACUGUGGCUGCUAAGUCGAACAAACGAUUUCACGUGUACGUGACUAGAAGUUCACCGGACAACACAGGCGAGCAAAUGUGUGACGAACUGAAAAAGGCCGGCAUCGAAUGCACAUUAAUCCUAGAUGCGGCCAUAGGAUACAUCAUGGAAUCGAUAGACAUUGUUCUAGUUGGAGCCGAGGGUGUCGUUGAAAGUGGUGGAAUUAUCAAUAGAGUGGGAACUUAUACGAUGGCUUUAUGCGCUCGUGAAAUGAAAAAACCCUUCUAUGUUUUGGCUGAAAGUUUGAAAUUUUCCCGGCUAUAUCCACUGAACCAGCGUGAUCUACCCAAUGACUAUAAAUUCUCAAAACAGAGUUUGGGUAAAGAAAAAGAACUAGCUCAAGCGCAUCCUUUAGUCGAUUACACAUCUCCAGCUUAUAUUACGCUACUUUUCACCGAUAUUGGCAUACUCACCCCAUCGGCGGUUAGCGAUGAACUCAUCAAGCUCUACCUUUAAUUGUUUCAGUUUUGUACGAACGGAAUGAAAAUGCAUCUGCUUUACAUUUUAUUUGACAAGAAAGAAAACAGGAAAUAAAUAUUUUUUUAUCAAGCGAAAA